AUGCCGCGUCUAUCUCGUACAUUCACAUCGUUGUGCUCGCUGGCUAUCGCUCUCGCUUUGAUCGCACUUGCCGCCAACACCUACGCCAAGCAUCCACACCACCUCCUCUCCCACAACCGACAUCAACACCUUCCUCAGCAACAACACCAACCAGGUCAACACCAGCUGGACCACAACCACCAUCAUGACCCAACCCUGGCUGGAGCACUCUUCCCCAUCGACAGCGAAAUCCUCGCCGGAAAAAAGGAAUACGCCAAGGAGCCUUGCCCCAUAGGAUGUGUCCACCAUCGAUCGGACAUCUACCUCGCUGUUACUUCCAUCGGCGAAGGGUUCCCUCGGAUCCAGUUCACUUGUUCACACGCACACCCCCCACAACCUACUGCCAAUGCACAGUACCCUGAAGGUAACCAUCGGCACUACCAACAACAUCAUGCCCAUCCUGGCCACAGCCACGAUCAAGGAGACAAUAUUAUCCAAGAGCCUGCAGAUCCGAUCCCAGAACACAUGCCCCACCCAUCCUCGCACGAAUCCAGCAAGUACAACCACCACGACUCUCACGAAGGAAACGACGGCGCCAGCAUCUAUACUGAUCUCCAUAUCACUGCCGAUUCACACCUCCGCGGAUUGGCCCCCAUGGAUCGCAACGCAGCCAAUGCAGCGGCAGGGCUCAAUCCGCAUUACGACUUUAUCUUUAGUCCUCGCGAGAGGAGUCAUUCCGUCGAUUUGAACGAUGAUGCAACAGAGUCGCACACCACAACCAUGACGUUCUCCGACGACGACAGUAGCCAUAUUGAACAGGUUGCUUCUAGUGAAAGAAGGUCUAUUCCACUGACUGCUCCUGCCGAUGAUGAACUGGACCCUCACUACCAACAAGUUCAUAUCUUGCCUGUCCGCGACCACCAAUACCACCACCAUCGCCAUGACGCCUCCACUCCAGGUUCGUUGCACAAGUCUGGCGGGUCUGGAUCGACGACACCCGAGCCUAUUGCCACCCUUGCGGCACCUACUUCCUCCUCCUUCGGGGCCGGAUCGGAUCGAGGAGGGAAAAGAAUAAACGACGAUCGGACAGUCUCAAAGGCAGCAGCAGCAGUGCACCACGGACACGAGUACAAGGCUGGACCAGCAAUGCCGACCCCAGAGGCAUUCCCCGGCCAGACCAACACGGGACACGUUCAAUCCCACGACCACUCCCAUCACCAGCAGCAGCAGCAAGGAGACGUCUCCGUUGGCGGGAAGGAAAGGGUGGCUGGCGGCGAGAAUUCCAUCGUUCGGUACUGGACGGUUAUUCAUCGUGUCACCACUCUCAUUAUUGAGACUGAGACCAUUGUGAACAGACCAACAGCAACACCCACGGCGACAGCAGCAGCCUUUAUACCGGGAUCAAAGGAGAAGGACGGACGAGCAUAG